ACUGGGAGCUGUGGCUUAAUCUCUUCAACCGGUCUCCUCAUCUGUGAAAUGAGGCGGUUGGCCUCAGUAUGUAAUUUUUGAGGCCUCUUUCAGAACUACCACUAUGUGAUUCCUGCCUCGCAGGAACUUACCUUUUAUCAUUCUCCUGAGUGGGACAAGAGAGCCUUUGAAUAACGGACGUGUUUUACACCUGGGUUGGGCACACUGCUGUGGGGUUAUUCUGCUUGCUUUCAUUAGGAUUAAUUGUUCAUGGGUAGAAUUUGUUUGCAACAUUCUUGAGGUCAUCUGCACAUUCUGAUUGGGAAAAGAUGGUCAACGUCUUGAAAGGAGUGCUUAUAGAAUGUGAUCCUGCCAUGAAGCAGUUUCUGCUGUAUUUGGAUGAGUCCAAUGCCCUAGGGAAGAAGUUCAUCAUUCAAGACAUUGACGAAACUCAUGUCUUUGUAAUAGCAGAGUUGGUUAAUGUCCUCCAGGAGCGAGUGGGUGAAUUAAUGGACCAAAAUGCUUUUUCUCUUACUCAGAAGUGAAAAUACAAGAUAUUAACCACCUAGGAAUUAUAAGCAGCAAAUGUGAAAGACUUACUUGCUUAGGGGCCUGCCGUUGGAAAGACCGAGGGAUCAUUUGCCCAAAAAAAAAGCCCCCUGAACUGAUUUUUUGUACCCUAUAAUUAAAAAAAAAAAACAAAAAACCUUUAACCAUUGGCUGUAAUUUGAUUUAUUAUCCUUUAUUAAAAUAUAAAUGUUAAUAUUUUUACAGCCUUUUUAACACCAAUUUAAUAUAUUAAGAAUAUAGUGGGGGUGCUUUUAAAUUAUCAGUGUAAUGUAGCUAUUUAUUUUGCUUGUUCCUGUUCAUGAUUGUGGGUUUUUGUUGUGUGGAUGUAGUUGCUUUUUUUUCAGAUAGAAACUUCAUAAAUUUACUGUUUAGAAAAAUAUGCUGAGGUGGGAACUUUGGUAAUAUUUGUCUCACAAAUAUCUACAUACCGGGCAGCUCUCUUAGUGAAGAAGAUGUAAUUUCAUGUUACUACAUGUAAACUGCAGUUUGUAUUUCUCUGAAAAUAUAAUGCUUUUAAAGUGCAGAGGGUUAGAAACAACCAAAUGAGAAAGGCACAUGCUGCUUUGCAUCUUUAGUUUUUCCUUGUUCGAAUUUUGUUGGUGACAUCUUCCCAUCAGGGUAAGCGUUCUUUUAUUAAGAAAUCAGUUUUGUGCCUUUUUCCCUAUGAGAAUCCCUAUUAAAUUUAUUUAAGAAAGAAAGAUAGGAAUAGACAGAAGCAAAGUCAGCCUGUGGUGGGAAGCAACAUAUUAGAG